UCGAUUCACACACAUCAGUGACGUAUCAGUGCCGUAUCCGCUCAGUGCUUCAGUGUCAGUGAAAAAAAAUAUCGUUACUUUGAAUUUGACUGACGCGUUCACACACGUCCGGCGCAGUACCGUGUUUUGACUCUCAGUGACCGUUACGUCUCCGUUCCGUGAAACUGAAUAUCGUCGCCACCGAUAUUUUUCAGAUUUUCACGGACGCCGGAAGCUAUGGAUGACGAACUACUCAUUGAACUGGUGCGGAACCAUCCAGUUCUGUAUGAUCUCUCACAACCAAAAUAUAUGGAUUCCAACUUUAAACAAGAUAUAUGGAAUAAAAUAGGAGAAGAAAUGAAAGUAGAUGGUUCAGCAUGUAAAAGCAGAUGGAACAAUAUAAGGGACAAUUACAGAAAAUCUAUGAAGAAGACUUCAACUAAGAGUGGGCAAAGUGCAAAGAAAAUUAAACUGUACAAAUUUUCUGAGCAAUUAAGCUUUUUAAAGUUAUACAUGCACGAGAGGGAAACAAAGGGAAACAUCGCAAGUGAGGAACAUGAAGGAAACAAUCACGACGAUGUUGUAGAAAACCAGGAGGACGAAGAAGAGAACAUCCAGACAGAUGCAGGGGAACCAACAGUAUUGGACGGAGGCCUGCAUGAAGAUUUGCAGACACAACCAUUGCCCUCACCAAAGCCUACUCUUGAAGCUAAAGUUAAGUCAUUAGCAGGAAAAUCAAAGAAGAGAGUGGCACCUCAACAAACAGCUUCUGCAAAAUUAAUGGAGUAUUUGAUAAGUAAACAAGAAAAUCAAACCGCUUCCACCCCACCACACCCUGUUGACGCAUUUCUAGCAGGCAUUGCUCCAACUCUCAAGACUUUGACCCCUUAUUAUUUGAAUGUAGCAAAAUCUGAAAUAUUUGCUACAGUACAGAAAUAUGAAAUGCAAAUGCUUAUCAAUCAACAAUCAUUUGAAAGACUACCUGAGCCUUCAGCUUCUACAUCAUCAACUUCGACUCCACAUCCCUCACCUCAGCCAGUGCAGGAACAUACAACAGUAACAUAUGGAGAUCUCCCUAAGCAGAGGUGCCUUUAGCAUUUUAUCUCUGCUAGUUUAGGGUACCUGAGGAGGUAUUUUGCUGAUCUUCCUUGGAAUGACUACUGCUUCCAUGACUUAGACCCAUCUCUGUGUGCCAAGUGUAUAACAGAGGUGAUAGUGUCUGGCAUAGAGGCAUACUCGUACAUUCCUCACUCUUUUUCUCAACCUAAACCUUCCAAACCUUGGUUUAACAUAGCCUGUUCUCGUGCUAUACAUGAUAAGAGAGGUGGCCCACAGAAGAUACUUGAGCCUUCCAUCUCCAGAAUCUCAUACACUUUAUAUUUCUGUCCAGAACCAUGCCAAGUCUGUUCUCUAAGUAGCCAAAAACUCCUUCAUUAAUAGAAAGUGUCAAAAUCUUUCAAGAUCUAACUCCCCUCAUGACUUCUGUCACUUGGCCAAAAACAUCUCCAAAAACUUUACUUCUUCUUUCCCUCCUCUAUUUCAACCAGAUGGCACCACUGCUAUCACAUCUAUCUCUAAAGCUGAACUCUUUGCUCAAACUUUUGCUAAAAACUCUACCUUAAAUGAUUCAGGGUUUGUUCCUCCCUCUCCUCCUUCCUCUGACUACUUCAUGCUACCUAUUAAAAUUUUUCACAAUGAUGUUUUCCAUGCCCUUGCUAGCCUAAAACCUCAGAAGGCUUGUGGACCUGAUGGGGUCCCUCCUAUUGUUCUCCAAAUCUGCACCUCCUGCUUGCACCUUGCUUAGUCAAACUCUUUCAACUCUGUCUGUCAACAUCUACCUUUCCUUCUUGCUGGAAGUUUGCCUACAUUCAGUCUGUUCCUAAAAAGGGUGAUUAUUCUAAUCCCUCAAACUACCAUCCUAUUGCUUUAAUUUCUUACCCCCCUAAAGUGUUUUAAUCUAUCCUCAACAGGAAGAUUCUUGAACAUCUAUCACUUCACAACCCUUUAUCUGAUCACCAGUAUGGGUUCCAUCAAGGCUGCACUGCUGGUGAUCUGAUUUUCCUUACCGAGUCUUGGUCAUCCUCUUUUAGAGAUUUUGGUGAAACUUUUGCUGUUGCCUUAUACAUAUCAAGAGCUUUUGACAGAGUCUGGCACAAAGUUUUGAUUUCCAAACUGCCCUUCUAUAGCUUUUAUCCUUUUCUCUGUAACUUCAUCUCAAGUUUCCUUUCUGAUCAUUCCUUUGGUGAUGUGGUAGGCGGUCACUGUUCUAAAUCUAUUAACAGUGGUUUUCCUCAGGGUUCUGUCCUGUCACCCACUCUUUCCCUAUUAUUCAUGAAUGAUCUUCUCAACCAAACUUAUAGUUCUUUCCACUCCUAUGCUGAUGGUACCACUCUGCACUUUUCCAUGUCUUUUCAUAGACAUCCAACCCUUCAGGAAGUAAAUGGUUCAUGCAGAGAAGCCACAAAUUUUACACCUGACUUAUGAUCUCUCUAAAAUUUCUGAUUGGGGCUGAGCAAACUUAAUAUUGUUCAGUUCCUCCAUCUAUCAACUUGAUAUAACCUUCCAGACGACUAUCCCCUCUUCUUCAAUGACACUCAACUGUCCCCUUCUUCUACACUGAACAUCCUCAGUCUGUCCUUUACUUAUAAUCUAAACUGGAAACUUCACAUCUCAUCUCUAGCAAAAACAGCUUCUAUGAAGGUAGGCAUUCUGAGAUGUCUCCACGUUUUUAUCACCCUUCCAGCUGCUAAUUCUGUACAGGGGCCUUAUCCAUCCAUGUAUGGAGUAUAUUUCACAUGUCUGGGGGGUUUCACUCAUACUACUCUUCUAGGCAGGGUGGAAUCAAAAGCUUUUCAUCUUGUAAACUCCUCUCCUCUAACUGUCUUCAGCCUCUUUCUCAUUGCUACAAUGUUGCAUCUCUUGCUAUCUUCUACUGUUAUUUUUAUGCUAACUGCUCUCCUGAUCAUGCUAACUGCAUGCCUCCCCUCCCCCACGGCCUCACUGCACAAGACUCUUCUUUCAUCCCUAUUCUGUCCACCUCUCUAAUGCAAGAGUAGUCAUUCAUUCCAUUCUCUGGUAAACUCUGGAACUCCUUGCCUGCUUCUGUAUUUCCACCUUCCUGACUUGAAUUCUAUAAAGAGGGAGGUUUGAAGAUACUUAUCCUUUAAUUUUUUACCAUCUCUUUGGACCCUAUUCAGGAACUGGCAUCUUAGUCAGUCUUUUUUUUUUUUCCCCUAGGCCAGUGUCCCAACAUAAAAAAAAAGUAUCAUUCUUACAUUCUCAAAAAAUCUUUAUAUAUUCAUUGAGAUCAUUCUCUUAUGCAUUCCAUCCUUCCCUUUUGCUGUCUUUAUUUUUACUAGUGCAUACAAACUCAUACAUACUUGUCUGUCCCAAUCCUACGUUUCACCCAAACUAGUCUUGUGUCUUUCUAACCACAUCAGACAUUUCUACACUUUGUCAGACAUCAAAACUGCAUAACCUUCCUUGCUGCUUUCCUUCUAACUUUCUUUCAACCUUGUUCAUAGGUACACCACUAUCUUCCCACAUACUGCUCAGACUUCAUUCUUUCUGCUCAGGUACAUAACGUUCAUCCCAUUCACUCAGGUGGUCUUGCUCUUUUUUUUUCCUCUUAGAUGACUUUCAGAAACUUUUCUCUUUAUCAUCUUUCAAGCCAUUCAUGCUGAAUCAUACUAUCAUGAUAAGCUCAUUUUAAUUUUAUGCCUUCCUUUGUUGCAUUUAUACCCCUUUUAAAAUCCCCUUCUUUGAGGGACUGGCAAUGGAUGCUAAACUAUGUAAAAGCACUGUAUCCAAAAGAGCAAGUCCUGAGAUUGUAAGGAAUAAUAGACAAGUCCCUGAAAUCACUGCAAAGGUUGUGCAACUCACCAUCAUUUUACAAACAGGAUCAACCAUGUGAAGGUAUGCAAAUCAGCGUACCACUAAAGAAAAGAAGAUGACUUUUUUUUCUAUUUUAUCUUUCCCAAUACAAAAAAAUGUGCACCUCAGUUUUACUUCACUAUGAUACUGCAAUCAUGCAAAAUUAUGAUGAGGCAAGCUGUUCUCUUCCAAAAUUCUCAUCAUAAGACAAUGAGAUUUACUGUGGUUCCCACCAUUCCAAGUUUAAAGACUUUCUUUAUGUGAAGAGUUUUGUGAAUGCAGCCCCAGCCUCUUAGGGAUGUUGAGGCCAAGCAAUGAGCUCACCAACUGAAGUUUGAACCCCACCUGAAGUUGGCCAGUGCCAAAAGCUCACUUACAAGCUGUCCACUGGACCUAUCUAUCUUUGAGUGCCCACCAAACCUAUCUUUGAGUGCAAGGGCAACAUGACUAGGAAGAAGCACGAGUCUCUGUGAGGCAUCUCAUGAAACCCUUCCUGCACCACCACAGUCAAAGAUCAACCAUCCAAGAUUUCUGGAAGGAAACCCUGCAAGCUGACCAUCCAACCCUCCAGGAACAGUCUACAGGUAUUUUAGGGCCAGAACAAAUUAAAUAUGAAUAAAUAUUUAAAAUUACUGUAGACCCUUCAGUCCUGUGUUGGAAGGUUUUACAUCAUCAACUGAAACAUUUUCUUUUUUCUAAGUGUUUAUUCACCUAGUACUUCUUAAAUGUUGACUAUAUGAUGACAGAGCAAACAAUAAGUAGUAUUUACUUUUUUUUAAUUAUGAAAAGUAAAUCCUGCAGACAUCUAUUAAAAUUUUAGACUCAAUUUCAUUUAAUUCAAGUGUGCAAAUCCAUCACAGCAGUCUUAAGAAAAUAAAAAUAAUGAAUAAAGAAGAAAAGUUACCAGUGGAACUUAGAUACAAAUGUAGUAUAAAAGACAACUGUACCUACAAAACUGCAAUAUAUGAAAACUGCUAUAUGAAAAAUAUAUGUGAUCUCCAAGGAACAAUUAACUGCCCUCCUUAAAUGAGCAAGUUAUUUUUGGUCAAAGCAGUCAGUGUUACUCCAUCAUGACAACAGAGCGCAAGGCCUUUCCUUCAUGCAUCAGCUGAAAAGCUUCGUUGAUCUCUCCCAUGGGCUUGGUGAAGGUCACAAAUUCAUCCACCAUAAGUUGUUUGUUCAUAUACUCAUCCACCAGUUUUGGUACACUGUCACGGGACUUCCAACCU